AUGAAUGCGCGUCAUCACGUGAUUGGGGGCCGUGAGACACAGGCGACAUUUUUAAGCACACUGGCGAUCCAAAGAGCUAACCAGGACUAUGUGGUGCCAGCGAGUACGUCUCAGGACGCUCAACCUUCCCCUCUGGCGUUGCUGGCAGCCACUUGCAGUAAAAUAGGAGCCCCUUCAGACGAAGCCAACGGUGGAAAUCAACAAGGUGGUAGUUCAACUCCAGUGCGAGUUGUGGGUAACGGAGCGGUGAACGGUUCGGGCGAUUUAGUGGCCAGUUCAGCCGGGAACGCGCCGGCAUGGGUGCAACUUCCGACGGGUGGCUUGGCGGUGGACGGCAGUGGCGCCGUGAAAACAAGCACUGGACCCGCCCCUGGAACACUCCCUUCGGGCGGGCAAAUUUUACAACAAACCCCUCAAGUGAUCGCCCAGCCCGGCCCUGGAGGCACGAUUACGUACAAUGUCCUUUCUCCACCGUUUCAAACGCUAUCCAUCGACGGACAAGAUGCGAUUUUUAUCCCUUCCGGCGCUGCACCAGGCGGGCAGACACUUCUUGGUAAUCAAACCAUACUCUCUACACCCACGCGCCAACUUGUGUCGGCGCAGCCUGCAACUAAUCCUAAUGUCGCAGCUUUUGGUAACCUAGGCAACAUGGUGAAUAUCGGCGGAAAUUUGAUCAAUCUCGCUUCAUUGCAAAACGCUCAGCGAACAGGCAUGAUUCAAACGGUGCAACUUCCUUUGCAGCAACAGGUCCAGCAGAUCCCGAAUAUCAUACAAAUUCCGAUCUCAAAUGGACAAGGUGGCCAGACAAUGCAAACAAUCCAGUUGCCGCUGCAGUCCUUUGGUGGUAACGCGUACCAAGCUGCGCAGCUGCAAGGAGCUGUCGCCCUGCAGGGUGGUGCAACAAUUUCUACAGCACAACUUGGUGCAAAUGCUCCAGGUCAGGCACAAAUCGCACCUUCUUCAGUGGCGUCGUUUCUUCAAGGGACGCAACCCCAACAAGUUCAGAUUCAACAGCAGGCGCAAACUGGACAGUCCAAUCAAGGAGAGAUAAAAAUGGAAACCAGCAGAGACCAAGCCGCUGUGGUGGUUUUGUCGAAUGAAACGUCAAAAGCUACAACAAAUGCAGAGACGACAACCAACACCACAUCUCCGUCUACUGCAAACCAAACCACAACUGUCAAUCAGCUGAUGGUUGCCCAGCAACAGUCUGACAGCCCCGCCUCCUCUCAAGCACAACAAGCAACAAAUGUCACUCAAGUCAACCAAGCUUUUGCCAACCAGUCCCAGGCAUUUCCAACCUUUAUGCCACUUACUCCGAACUUUAUCAAUUCACCUCAGACUCUACUGGCCCCUUCGCCAGCUGGGAACACAAAUACGCAGAAUGUCCUGUCAUUCGCAGUUGCGUCUGUUCCUGGGGUAUCAACAACAAAUACAACAACAACGUCGACGAAUGCAUCCACUACGCAACCCAGCCAAAGCAUUCUUACUCCACAGUUAUUCCAGAGCUUAGGUGCGCAAGGGUUUGGGAACUUUCAGUUGACCAGCAACGGACAGAUAAUCGCAACGCAAAACCAAGCCUUCAUGCCAGCGCUGAAUGUUGCAAAUUUACGACCGGCAGGUGCCGGAAUGCAAGCUAUACAGCUGCAGAACAUUCAAGGACUGCAAAAUUUGCAAACGAUUCCAACGCUACAGAAUCUUCAAAAUCUGCAAACUGUGCAAGCAUUGAACUCACAGCAGAUUCUUGGUGGCGCAACGCUACAAAAUUUUGCACUGGCUAAUGCGGGAAAUAACGCUAUCGGCACGACAACAGCUCAAUUACCCCAGCUGAGCCCACAACAGUUACAAAUGCAGGCUAUUGGUACCCAACAGGCUGCCAUACAACAAACACAGCAAGCCUUGGGCAACCCACAAAUAUUAACCACCAGUUUAGGUGGUCAACAACUGACCAUACCUGACCCAAACGACCCCACCAAAUGGCAGAUCGUGCAAACCCCUGUGCCUCAGCAGGCCUCCGGGGAGAGCCUCAGCCCCACCCAGGUCACCGUCAGCACAGGGUCAUUGACACCCGAGUCAGGGGCGUCUGGCAGGAGGCUCCGAAGGGUGGCUUGCACUUGUCCCAACUGUCGAGACUCUGAUGGCAGGACGGAUGGUAACAAGAGAAAACAGCACAUCUGUCACAUGCCAGGUUGCAAUAAAGUGUACGGGAAGACGUCACACCUGCGGGCACAUCUCAGGUGGCAUACUGGAGAGCGACCAUUUGUGUGCAACUGGUUAUUCUGUGGCAAGAAAUUCACACGAUCAGACGAAUUGCAAAGGCACAGAAGAACACACACAGGAGAAAAGAAGUUCCAGUGCACUGAAUGUUCGAAGAGAUUUAUGAGGAGUGAUCACUUGUCCAAACACCAGAAAACGCAUCAGAUCAAAAAAGUUCCCACGCAAGAAUCUCUCGUUAUGUCAGAAGAAGAGGAUGAAGAUGAUAGCCUGAAUAAUUCUGGAAUUACCAUUGAAGAAGGGGAAGUUAUCGACGAUCAGACAAUGGUUAUGGUUCACUCAAUUCCAUCACAGUAGUUUGUUCAACUUGCCGUGUCUCUUCAUUAAAUUCCAACUGAGGGAUCAAACUGAUCAAACAGUGGUGGCUAUUCUAGUUUAACCAAGGUGAUGCAGGAGGUGGCAUGGACAAUCAUGACAAGCAGAGUGAUCAUACAGAAUAAUGUGACCUUUUGGUGAAGAAAAUAGUUGAACUAAUGACAGGUGUAUCACUGGAAACAAUGAUGACCCUUCGUUCAAUAUAUUUUCAGUUAUCCUACAAAUAGUAAACUAAUGACUGUUUGUUCAAUCCCAUCAAAGAAAUCCAACAAAUAAAAGCGAAUGUUCCUCCCAUCUCGCCACAUUGGCCCAACAAAGGAUGAUGAAUGUUCCUUCCAUCUCUUCACAUUGGCCCAACAAUUGAUGAUGAAUGUUCUUCUCAUCUCAUCACAUUGGCCCAACAAAGGAUGAUGAAUGUUCCUUCCAUCUUGCCACAUUGGCCCAACAAAGGAUGAUGAAUGUUCCUUCCAUCUCAUCACAUUGGCCCAACAAAGGAUGUUGAAUGUUCCUUCCAUCUCGUUACAGUGGCCCAACAAAGGAUGAUGAAUGUUCCUUCCAUCUCAUCACAUUGGCCCAACAAAGGAUGAUGAAUGUUCCUUCCAUCUCGCCACAUUGGUGCAACAAAAGAUGAUGAAUGUUCCUUCCAUCUCAUCACAUUGGCCCAACUAAGGAUGAUGAAUGUUCCUUCCAUCUCUUCACAUUGGCCCAACAAAAGAUGAUGAAUGUUCCUUCCAUCUCAUCACAUUGGCCCAACAAAGGAUGAUGAAUGUUCCUUCCAUCUCUUCACAUUGGCCCAACAAUUGAUGAUGAAUGUUCUUCUCAUCUCAUCACAUUGGCCCAACAAAGGAUGAUGAAUGUUCCUUCCAUCUUGCCACAUUGGCCCAACAAAGGAUGAUGAAUGUUCCUUUCAUCUCAUCACAUUGGCCCAACAAAGAAUGUUGAAUUUUCCUCUCAUCUCAUUACAGUGGCCCAACAAAGGAUGAUGAAUGUUCCUCUCAUCUCAUUACAUUGGCCCAACAAAGGAUGAUGAAUGUUCCUUCCAUCUCAUCACAUUGGCCCAACAAAGUAUGGUGAAUGUUCCUUCCAUCUUGCCACAUUGGCCCAACAAAGGAUGAUGAAUGUUCCUUCCAUCUCAUUACAUUGGCCCAACAAAGGAUGUUGAAUGUUCCUUCCAUCUCAUCACAUUGGCCCAACAAAGGAUGUUGAAUGUUCCUUCCAUCUCAUUACAGUGGCCCAACAAAGGAUGAUGAAUGUUCCUUCCAUCUCAUCACAUUGGCCCAACAAAGGAUGAUGAAUGUUCCAUCUCGCCACAUUGGUACAACAAAAGAUGAUGAAUGUUCCUUCCAUCUCAUCACAUUGGCCCAACAAAGGAUGAUGAAUGUUCCUUCUAUCUCAUCACAUUUGCCCAACAAAGGAUGAUGAAUGUUCCUUCCAUCUUGCCACAUUGGCCCAACAAAGGAUGAUGAAUGUUCCUUCCAUCUCGCCACAUGGUACAAAAAAAGAUGAUGAAUGUUCCUUUCAUCUCAUCACAUUGGCCCAACAAAGGAUGAUGAAUGUUCCUUCCAUCUUGCCACAUUGGCCCAACUAAGGAUGAUGAAUGUUCCUUCCAUCUCAUCACCUUGGCCCAACAAAGGAUGAUGAAUGUUCCUUCCAUCUCAUCACAUUGGCCCAACAAAGGAUGAUGAAUGUUCCUUCCAUCUCAGUACAUUGC